AUGAACAAACCACACUCUCAAACUCUCAGUUCUCACUUUGCCUCUCUCUACUCCAAGGUCCAAACCCUAGCUUCUCACUACAAGUUCUUCACACCUAGCCGCCACCGCCGCCGUCGCCACCACCAACAGCCACUCCUCUCCCUGCCGCCGAUCAUAUGGGUUGAACCUAGGGUCAUGGAUUCCUCCAUUUCUACACAAGCGGAUGGUGCUGCUGCCACCCAAGCAGAUGGUGCUACUGCCACUGCCACCCAAGAGGCUGCUGCUGCAACCCAAGUUGAAGCUACUGAUGGUGAGUUGCCCCUAGUUCCACCUAGUGUAGUGAGUAAGACUGGUACUGGUAGUGGUAGGAAAAAGUCUUUAGCUUGGAAUCAUUUUGAAAAAGUAAAGGUAGACGAUGGUGUCACUAUGGCUAAAACCUUGGCUUUUGUACCCAAAAAUGAUGGAGAUGAAGGGUUCAAACUUGUGUCAACAACUUUUUCUGUUGAGGCUUCUAGAAAGGCACUAGCUGAAAUGAUAAUAAUUGAUGAGUUGCCUUUUAGGUGUGUUGAGGGUUAUGGGUUUAAGAAAUAUGUAACUACGUUACAACCUAAGCUUCGUGUAAAAGAUAUUCCAUCUCGACAAACUGUGGCUAGAGAUGUAAUUGGAAUUUAUAAUAGUGAGAGAGAGAAGCUGAGGAAAUCCUUGAAGGGUUGUAGGGUGUGUCUUACUACGGACACAUGGACUUCUCUACAAAAUUUGAAUUAUAUGUGUCUCACAUGUCACUUUAUUGAUGAUACUUGGAAGUUGCAUAAAAGAAUUUUAAAUUUUUGUCAAGUUGAAGAUCAUAAGGGGGAGACUAUAGGUAGGAAGAUUGAGAUGUCUUUGCGUGAGUGGGGUAUUGAUGGCAUAUUCACUUUGACAGUGGAUAAUGCUAGUUCCAAUUUAACCACAGUUAAAUUUUUACAAAGGGUAACAAAAGAUUGGAAUGGGACAGUUUUGGGAAAUGAGUUAAUGCACAUGAAGUGUUGUGCCCAUAUCCUAAAUCUAAUUGUUGGGGAGGGUUUGAAAGAAAUUGAUGCAUCUGUUGAUAGGGUGCGUGAAGCUGUGAGGUAUGUGAAGUCCUUGCCUAAUAGAAAUCAAACCUUUAGGAAUUUUAUGGAGAGGUUAGGUAUGGAGUCCAAGAGUCUUCUUUGUUUAGAUGUACCUACUAGGGGGAACUCAACUUACCUUAUGUUAGAAACUGCUGAAAAAUUCGAGAAAGUAUUCCUUAGGAUGGACUUUGAAGAUGAUGGUUAUUCAUCAUAUUUUAAGAGCAAGGAAGAUAGUGGUGGUUUGGGAUCUCCUUGUAUGAGUGAUUUCCAAAAUUGUAGGGCACUUGUGACUUUCUUGAGGCUUUUUUACAAUGCAAUAAAGAAGUUUUCUGGCUCUUUGUAUGUGACCUCAAAUGCCUUUUUUGAUGAAAUCUUUGUUAUUCAGGAGAGUAUUUCUCAUUUAGUUAAAUCCCAAAACACCCUCUUGAAAAACACAGCCACAAACAUGCAAACUAAAUUUGAGAAGUACUGGGGGGAAGGUGAUAAGAUUAAUCCUCUUUUCUAUGUGGCUGUUGUUCUUGAUCCACGAAAAAAAUUGAGGUUUUUGAAGUUCUCUUUUUCUAAAAUUUAUGGGAAUGAAGUGGGGAGUGUGAUGGUUGAUAAGGUGAAAGCUCUUUUAAUGAAUUUGUAUACUUUUUUCUGUUCUGUUAAUUCCCCAAAUGUGGAAGAACCAAGUGGGGGUGAGAGGACACCAAUGGUGGUAGGUGAUGCAAGUGAUCCAUAUGUGAUGGUUCACUCUCGGUAUGAGCUUUUCUUAGAAGCUGAGCAAUCUAUAGGUUGUAGUAAUGAGGUUGACAAGUAUUUAGCUGAAAAUUGUGAUGGUAGAAGGGAUGGAAAUUUUGAGGUGUUGGGGUGGUGGAAGGACAAUUCUAGUAGUUUCGACUGUUGCAUCUGA